UUCCCGCGAUCGCGAUCGCCUGCUCCGUUCGGUGAAAAAUUACAAUAAAUUAAUAAAUUUAGUGCAACAUUAAAUAUAUUAUAAGCAAAACGAGUGCGUUGGCGUUGUCGUGGCACUGUGCGUGGAACUGAGUGCGAUUGGCGAAAAACGAAACGAAAAAAGGGAGAAGCAAGAGAAAGCAAAUCACAACAACAGUGAAUGGGGAGGGGGCCAUAGCCAAAAGCCACAAAAAUAUUGAGAAUCACAGUUUAAUGCUGCAACACGGAUCCGAAAUCUACAAUAGCAGCAACACCUGGAGCUUCACUGUACGUGCCACAUAUCUUAUUUAUUUGGUCUGCAGCUGUGACAAAUGAUGGCCUAAAAUGGCGGCUACACCACCAAUGCCGCCCGGAUCAAACAGUUACCCAUUGAAUGGCAGCAGCAGCUUCAAUCCAGCGGAAGGAAACACCAGAGGAAGGAGCAGCAGCAACAACAUUAGCGAGGCAAUCAAUCAGCACUUUCUGCGGAAGAAGGAAGCUCCACCGACGAGUCAGAGGAGUCACUGCGCCAGCUAUGAGCAGCUGGAGCUACUGGAGCAUCCACAGCCAGCAGCAGCAGCAGAGGCGGCAGCAGCAGCAGCACGACCAGAAGCAGAGGCAGCACGCAAGCAGAACACGCAUUGCCACUGCACGAACAUCAGUAUCAUGCACCUGUUCCACGAGAUGAAGCAGGAGUUCCCCACGAUACCCGAUGCCAUUGUGACGCAGUGCGUCAGCGAGAAUUGCCAUCAGCGCGAGAACUGUAUACAGAUGUUGAAGAAGGAGCUGGCCCUGCAUCCGAUACCUGUCCAGAGCUACCCGGCCAAGGUGUUGCAACAACAGCAACAGAGGCAGGCCAAGCCUCCCACACCGCUGAAGCCAUCGAGAGUGGCACCAACACAACCCCCAGUACCGAGUCUGAAUGGGAAUGGCAAUGGCAAUGGCAAUGACGAUGCCAGCCCCAGCCCCACUCACAGUCCGAGUCCCCAGCCCCGGCCGCGACCCACCACGCUCAAUCUGCAGCGUCAGCUGAAUGCCCAGCUGCAGCAGAAGAUCCACCAGCGACAGCAGAGGCAGCAGCGCGACAACCAGCCCCCGCAGCUCACGCCCACGUCGCUGAACAAGCCACUGCGUCGGGCGCCAGCCCUGCCGCCGCCACCUGGGCCACCGCUAGCACCCAAGCCGAGCUUCUCGAACGAUUCCUCCUGCCUCACCAGCCCCAUGAGCUCUAGUGAAUCGGAAUUCUCACUCAACGCCGUCUCCUUAUCUUCGCCGACGUCAGCAACAAGAGCAGCAGCAGCAGCUACAGCGACAGCGACAGCUACAACGCCUCAACAAGCCUCUCCGGUGCGGCACCGUUCAGUCAUCAAUCUGCAGCCGGAACUGCCGUAUGCACGCGAUUUCCUCAGCAACAGCAGUGCCCUCUCGCCAGCGUUGACGCCACCGACGCUGCCCGGAUCCCCUGGCUCGGCCUCCGCCGUCUCGCCGGGUCGCAAGAGCUUCACCUCGCUCAAUCUCACGCUGCGCCAGCCGACUGGCGGCGCCCAGUCCGCGAUCGACAUCACCGCCGGUCCGGCGCCCAGUGGCCAGGGCAGCGGCAUCACCUACUCCAGCGUCAGCUUCGACGCCCGCCGGGGGACGCAUAAGAACUUCCAGCUAACGGUCACGGACGAGGGCAGUGUCUUCAGCGCCGGCUGCAUCCGUCCCCAGGCGCCGUACGCCGCGUGUGAGCCGCAGCAGCAGACAGCAGUUCCUCCGCCACGCCAGCCCCCGCCCCCGCCGGCGGCGUCGCUUCUCUCCACCGAUGGACUUUCACCUUCGGACUGUGACAUGCCUGAAGUAUUCCCCUACCCCACGCAGGCCCAGAACCACGUUGUCGCCUCCAACUACAACACGAACCAUGCCGCGGACACCAGCAGCGGCAACAACAACAACGGCAGCAGCAGCAACGACAGCAGCCCCGUCAGCAUGCCCCUCUAUGCGGGGGUUCUCGAGGAGUGCGAUCCUGAAGCUCGAGCGGCGACCAUUGAGCGUCAGAAGCAGCGGCGGGACAAGCUGGCCAAUGUUUUGAGAGACAACAAGAAGCGACUGCUGGUCCUGGAGCAGGAGAUCAACAUACUGACCGAGCCCGUGCCGGUGGGCGAAUCUGAAAGACUGGAUAGAGAUAUCAAGAAACUGACUGAGGACUGCCAGCGGCUGCUCAACUUGAUCAACGAACCGCAAGCGAAUGGCUCUGGUCCUGCGCCAAAUUCCAUGAAUCGUCAGCACUCGGCCCCAGCCAACAAUAUCCAGCAACAGAUACAACAGCAGCAGCAGCCACAGCCAUUCCCACGCCAGCGCCCAUCUGGUCGCUCCCAGGCGCCGCCCAGCUCGUUGCGUCUCCACUCUGUGCCGGCCCAGCCAACAGCCCAGCCGGGUCCUGACUUUGUGCAGCACCACAGCAGUGCUCCGACUUCUGCCUGCCUGACGCCCCAGCAGCAGCUCCAGCUGCAGCAGGAGCCGCCGCCUACGUAUGCCCAGUACUACCAGUUCCAGCAAUAUCUGCAGCAACAGCGACAGCAGCAGCUCCAACAAUUUCAGCUGCAACAGCAGCAGGCGCAACAGCAACAACAGCAGCAACAGCAGAUGCCUGCUCAGCGUCCAGCAAACGACGAAGAAGAAUACCUAUCGGACUCGGACGUGGACGAGGAUGAGGAGCCACUUGACAUGUGGGCCUGCAAUAUGUGUACAUUCCGCAAUCAUCCGCAAUUGAAUAUUUGCGAGGCCUGUGAGAACGUUAGGAUCCAGCCGGGCCCAGUGCUGAGUCGUGAGGAUAUACAUAUAACGCUCUCGCCUGGCGAAAACCGUAUUAUACACUCCUGGAUACUAUCAUGACAAAUGGCCAAACGCUCACCAUAACCACCCAGCCAACUGCAGAGAUAUUUAUUGUAAUUCGUUAAUCUACGUUUAUUUUAUUAUUUAAUUUGCUCUUUUAGUAACUUAUCCGUAAAAAAUUGUAAAUAAUACGUAAGAGAAUAUUUAGCCAAAUGCUGCUGGCAGCAAUUACUGUAUUUCUACACUAGCUAAGCCAUUAUCAUACAUUGAUUCUGUAAGAAAAGACUUUAAGUAACGUGUCGCAUCAACUGAAACUAGCAAGUAAUUUUCGAGAUGGAAUACAUUGUACAUUUUGUAGAUAAUUACCUGGUGAAAACUAACUGAGUUAAGGUUUUCUAUAAGAAACAAGAACACACAAACAGCCAACAAGCAAAGAAACUUUUGUAAGCUUAUCAAGAGCCGCAUAUUGAACGAAAUUAAAAUGCAAGU